AAGAUGAAUGUGUUGGAAUUUCCUCUUAAAAUAUUAACAUUAUGUGGUUGUUGGCAGCCGAAAUCUUGGACAUCGAUAUAUAAACAUACACUAUAUCAAAUAUACACAUUCCUAAUAAUUUUGAUAGUUAACACUUUCACAUUGUCACAAUUGAUGGAUAUAAUUCUUAUCGUGGAUAAUACAGAUGAUUUUUGCAACAAUUUUUGCAUACUACUUCCUAUGAUUAUAACUUGUUUUAAAUUGUUCAGUUUAUUGGCAAAUCGCAAAAACAUUAUUGAAAUGACCGAAAUUUUGACAAAGGAACCAUGCAAACCAUUGAAAGCAAAUGAAAUAGAAAUUCAUUAUAAAUUCGAUAAAGGCAUAGAGCUUAACACUUUUCAUUAUACAGCUAUGUGCUUGAUAACGUGGAUCAGUAUUACUUUUACAUCCUUGAUGACAAAUUUUGGCGAAAGAAAGUUAACGUUCAGAGCGUGGGUGCCCUUUGAAUAUUCAUCUACGACUAUAUUCUGCCUGUUAUACGUUCAUCAACUGUUAGGAUUAAUUGUGGGUGCUUUGCUGAACGCAGCUUGUGACGGUGUUAUUUGUGGAUUAUUGGUGCACAUUUGCUCUCAGUUUGAAAUUUUAACAUAUCGAUUGAGGAAAAUUAUACUUUAUUCAGAUGGUGUUCGUAACUGUGUGCAACAACAUUGUAGUAUUUUUAGGUUUGCUUUCCUUGUAAAUACGAAAUUUAGAAUAAUUAUUACUAUUCAAUUUUUGAUGAGUAUGUUUGAGAUAUGUUUCAAUCUCUAUCAAAUAAGUAUGUCGAAGCUGGAUGCAAAGUGUAUUCGACUAGCAUUAUUCAUGAGUUGCAUGCUAGUAGAAGUAUUCGUCUAUUGUUGGUAUGGCAAUGAAGUCAAAUUAAAGAGUCUUCAAUUUGCCGAUAAAGUUUUCGAGAUGGAAUGGUUGACUUUAGACAAAAAUUUAAAAAAGUGCUUAAUAAUAAUGAUGACACGUACAUUGAAAUCUAUUGAAAUUACUAGUGCAUAUACUAUCUCUAUGGAUCUUGAUUCUUUUGUAGGCGUACUCAAGACAUCAUAUUCGGCUUAUAAUUUACUUCAACAAAUGAAUGAAAUGCAUAUUCUUGAAUUCACUUUUACACUUCUAACAAUAUUUGGGUGCUGGCGACCGGAGUCUUGGACAUCGCUAUAUAAACAAAUAUUAUAUUAUAUAUAUUCAAGUAUAAUGAUUAUAUCAUUAUAUACCUUUAUGUUAUCGCAAUUAAUGGACAUAAUUCUGAUUGUGGAUAAUGCCGAUGAUUUUUCUGAUAAUGUUUUUACAUUAGUCCCUAUGCUUCUAACUUGCAGUAAAAUAUUUAUUUUACUGAUAAAUCGCAAAAGCAUUAUUAUGUUAAUUAAUAUAUUGAUGCAAAAACCAUGUAGACCGGUGGCAAAGAAAGAAAUAGAAAUUCUUUAUAAAUUUGAUAACAGCAUACAAAUUAAUACUCGGCGUUUUACAGUCCUCGGCUCAAUAACAUCAUUAUGUAUAUUGUUGACAUCUUUAUCUAUAAAUUUAAAACAAAGAAAAUUAACAUACAGGGCAUGGCUACCGUUUGAUUAUUCGUCGACAACGUUAUUUUUCUUGACAUACAGUCAUCAACUGAUAAGUUUAUUAGCCGGAGGAUACUUAAAUAUUGCUUGUGAUACGCUUAUCUGUGGAUUUUUAGUCCACAUUUGCUGUCAAAUUGAGAUUUUAAGUUAUCGUUUGAGAAACAUUAAGUUUUAUUCGGACAUUUUUCGCGAUUGCAUACGGCAACAUUAUCAUAUCUUUAGACUUGCUUUUCUUGUAAAUGUGAAAUUUAGGCUGACGAUGACCAUUCAAUUAGUAAUGAGCAUGUUCAUAGUGUGCUUCAUUCUUUAUCAAUUAAGUAAAACAACUGCAAAAGCCAAAUACAUUGAAAUGAUAUUGCUUAUGUCUUGCAUGUUAACACAAAUUUUUUAUUGCUGGUACGGAAACGAAUUAAAAUUAAAGAGCCGCCAACUGAUCGAUGACAUUUUUGAAAUGGAAUGGCUGACAUUGGACAAAAAUGUAAAGAAAUCUUUAAUAAUAAUAAUGAAGCGAGCAAUUAUACCUAUUCAGAUUACCAGCGCCUACGUCAUUCCCAUGAAUCUCGAUUCUUUCAUGGGUGUACUUAAGACAUCGUAUUCUACUUACAAUUUACUUCAACAAAUGCGGAAGUGACAGCAG